AGUGAGUGAGGGAGAAAGCAGGAGAAAUGUGAAAAAUCCGUGUCUCGGUGUUUCAUGGCGCGCGGAGGCCUGAGCGGUGUGGAGUGAAGAGCUGACGGAUCAGCAGCAUGAUCAGUGCCUGUUUGCUCAGGCGCCUUGUCCGUUGAGGGAGAUGAAGCCUGAUUCUGUGCCCAGUCCAGUUAUUCAGCUCUAGCUUAUAUCGGAGAAGACUGGCGACUACACCACAGUCGUGUUUUGCCUGCUGGAGGAUGUGGUGCUACACUUCACCCGUUUGAUGGACACGCCUCACAAAGCGCAGCACCUUUUGCAGCCCAACGUGUUUGAUGUGGACUUUGCUGGGCAUCAACGAGGUGGUAGACAACACAAAGAGCAGGCUAGAACAUCACACUAGCUCUCAGGCCCAGGCUAAGCACUUCUACAAAAAGGAAAAUGAAGGUGGAGGAAGUGGGAGGGGCUUAUGCAAAUCAGAGGGAGGCACCAGCCCUGAAGAGGCGGUGCCUCAAGAAAGCCCUGCCUCUUUUAACAGAGAGCAAAUCAUUGUUGAAGUGAACCUUAACAACCAGACCCUGAACGUUUCCAAGGGGUCAGAGGGCAAGAACAGAGAGCGACGUCAGACUCAUCACUGCACGACUAGCGAUGAAGAUAAAGACUAUGAGCAGAGGCAGGAAGAGAUGGAAAUUAGCACAGAGGAGGAAAAGUAUGAUGAAGAUGAAGAAGAGGACGACGACGAUGAUGAUGAUGAUGAUGAUGAUGAUGAUUAUGAAGAGGAGAACGAUCGUAGCAUUCCAGAGGUUCCACAGGCUAUCAUGGAGAGACCACGGCGUGGUACGAGAUCAAGUGCCAUUUCUUUGUGCCAGGGCCUGGGCGGUGGUAUGCUGGCACAGGGGAAGAAGGAGCAGGAGAGUUUGGGCCAGAAGGUAAAGCUGGAGGAGAAGCAGCACUUUGCGUGCAAGAAAUGUCCGCGUGUAUUUAACAACCGAUGGUACCUGGAGAAACACACCAACGUCACACACAAUCGAAUGCAGAUCUGCAACAAAUGCGGCAAACGCUUCCUUCUGGAGAGUGAGCUGCUGCUGCACCAUCAGACCAGCUGUGAGAAGAGCAUACAGUGUGUAACUUGUGGGAAGGCUUUUAAGAAGUUAUGGUCCCUCCACGAGCACAACAAGGUCGUUCAUGGUUACGCCGAGAAGAAGUACUCCUGCGAGGUGUGUGAGAAGAAGUUCUACACGAUGGCACAUGUCAGGAAGCACAUGGUGGCCCACACAAAGGACAUGCCGUUUACGUGUGAGACGUGCGGGAAGUCGUUUAAGCGCAGCAUGUCUCUGAAGGUGCACUCUCUGCAGCACUCUGGGGAAAAACCCUUCAGGUGUGAGAACUGCAGUGAACGGUUCCAGUAUAAGUACCAACUUCGCUCUCACAUGAGCAUCCACAUCGGCCACAAGCAGUUCAUGUGCCAGUGGUGCGGCAAAGACUUCAACAUGAAGCAAUACUUCGAUGAGCACAUGAAGACCCACACUGGCGAGAAGCCGUAUAUCUGCGAGAUCUGUGGGAAGAGCUUCACCAGCCGGCCCAAUAUGAAGCGGCACCGACGCACACACACGGGCGAGAAGCCAUACCCGUGCGACGUGUGCGGCCAGCGCUUCCGCUUCUCCAACAUGCUCAAGGCGCACAAGGAGAAGUGCUUCAGGCUCAGCAGCUCUUUAGGAGAUGACAGCAGCAUGACCUCGGGGGGUGAAGGGUCACACCCUUCCUCUCUUCCUCUUCUCCACUCCAUUAGUGGCCUUCCUCCUUCUCCUCCUCCUCCUCCUCCUCCUCCAUUCUCCAACUCAAGUAACGACUAACAGCUUUCAGUGGAAACCUGGAACUUUUUUGUGUGUGUGUGUGUGUGUGUGUGUGUGUGUGUGUGUGUGUGUGUGUGUGUGUGUGGUGAACCAAAAGCAGUAGGUUAUUUGACUCUAUGGGUGAUGUCAUGUGCAGAAGAGUCUGAAUGAUGUAGCAGGCUUUUUAAACAGUAUGUGAACUCAUUUUCAAGAGAGAUUUUAUAUAUAAUCAAGAUUGGCUCCUUAUACUUCUCAAAAAUUUGUUCUCAAAUGAUGCAUCGUUAAGUUCUCAUGCGCAGCUGAUUGCGCAAAUAACAUUGUUUUGAUUUAGAAUGUCUUUACAGACUGUACGUCCUGUCCGUUUUGUCAGUGUGUGUGUGUGCACCUGUGUGUACAUGCUGGAAAUAGGCUCUGUUCUCUGCUGUCAGAGGAAUCACCAGUGUUGUAUAUUGUGUAUCCAGCCAGCAGAGGGAGCCGUGUGACCGAGCAGCAAUGCAAAAGAGAUUUUUUUUUUUUCCAUCAGAAGGUGCGAUGCCGAUAACCAAAUCCCUGCAUCCCUGCAGUAACCAAACCCUGUGUGCUUAUUAAUGAGGUAUGAUGUGUUUAUAAUCACUCUUGCACCUUAUUUCUAACUUUAACUGUACACUGAUGUUGUAUUGGUUAAUGUUGUCUUAUGUGAUGGCCUGUCUCCGGCACAUGAGAAAUGGGGUGAGAAAAGAGGCAGGGUUAUACAGAAGGUUAUACACAAAAAAAACCUGCAGAUAUCAGAUAUUUUAACAGUUUUCAUUUUGUUUUUUUGUUUUUUCGUUGUUUUUGUUUUUUAAAUGUAGACUUGCACUUUAUUAAAAUCAGUCUGCAUAUCGGCCAUAAACAGGACUGUAAUAUCAGUAUCAGAAGCCUCUGAUUCUGUAGAUAUAUAGCAUUAUAGCAAUAUAUACAACUAAAGAUGUUUGCAAUUUUGUACAUUUGUGUGUACCUGUAAUCAUUCAUGGUACAUUUCAUAUUUUAAAAAUGCAGCUUUUUAUGAAUUUACUCAUUCUAAUGGUACAUAUGGUUUUCACUUCAUUUUCAAAAUCAUUAUUGAUGUCAUAUUUCGAAUUCGAAAUUGAAUUGGGAUUUUGCUUGAAAGUGAUUUUUGAUUUAUUGCAAAUUUGCCCGUGUACACUCUCAAAGUAUCAUAUAAGCAGCUGUUACUUAAAUCUAAACUAUUCAUCUUUACUGAGAUAACAAGUUUUGGUCAUCGAGAUAUCUUCUUUAAUUUAUGUCCAUUAUAGUAUAAUAGAAUUAAUUUAAAAGCUUAAUAGAAAUAUAUCCAGAAUGUUACAUGUUUGUGGCUAUAUCUAGGACUUGUAUCUAUACGACACAAAUAUCUCAAAACAUCUCAAAGUCUGAAAUAAUAUUUGUGUCACUAGAAUUUGGACUUGAAUUUUGUAAAUCGAACUUUAUAUUUUGAAGUCAAAAUGAAUUCCUAAUUAAUUAAAUUCAAUUUUAAAAUGACAAAAUUGACAGCACAUUUCAAAUUCUGUGAAUCAAUUUAAGUUUAGUUUCCUGGCUACUAAUUGGCUGAAAUUCUCCUGACUUACUAUUGUAUAAAUGUUCAUUUUUGAAUUCAAUCGAAUUUCAAGAUGAAUUUACUUUUUCUUGCAUUCUUAAUGAAAUGAUGGACAUACAGAUUUUAACAUCAAAUUUAAAAAAUUGAACUAAAUAACUAAAGCUAAAUUUUAUAUAAAUACUAGUGACAGAAAUAUAGCAAAGCCAAUCAGAUAACGGUUACAAUAUUUGAACUACAUGAAUACACUUAAUAGUUUACUAAGUCCCAAUCCACCGGCAUCCAACUUUUUAUGAAUAGAAGCAGUUAGAAAAUGAAGUAAAAUAAAUAGAAAUAUAUAACAUCUAAAACUUUUAUAUGCAUUAAUUAGUGGUCCUUUAAAAUUGUGUAAAAUUGGAUUAAAGAAAUGAGAUUAUACAGCUUCUAGAGAUUAUGAGUCUCAAUUGCUGAGUAUUAGAAAGGUUAAUUGCAUAUAAAAUAUUGAACUCAGUAUAAUAUAGUUUCAAUAACAGCUAUUACAUAUACUAUAUAACUCCUGUUAACACACACAUUGUGUAUAAGCUGUAAAUAAGUAGUCUACUUUGUCAUUUACUGUGUAAAGUUUUUUUUUGUUGUUUACAUUGUGCUGGGAGUCAGUUGAAUGUGAUGAUAUGUGAUGAAGGAGCCAGUAUUUUGGAAAGACCUUGACCUUGUAAGUUAGAAGUUGGAAGUAGAUACACGUUUUUGUAUACACGAAAAGUUCCCAAAAAUGAUUUUCUUUAAAAAAAAAAACAAA